AACACCCAAUGCGUUCCUUGCAGUGAUCUGGUCCUAUUUCGUAUGUAUGUUGAGCUGUAGAAGAACUCACGGAGAGAGAUUCUGAGAAGUACGGGAGAACAGAAGAAACAAAGAUGAAUCUGAAGAAACCAUCAUGGGGAGAAGGAUUGAGUUCAUCAGAGAAUGAUACAUCAUCUUCGUCAACAGCAGUUGUGGAAGAACUUGUAUCUUCACUAAACAAACAGAGAAUGUAUAGAGAAGUAACCUUGGCUCUAAAAACUGGUUUAAGAGAUGCAAGUGCUGAAUUCUCAUUCCUUCGUGUUCGUGGUCUUCGUAAUAUUCUUAAAUUUCUUCGAUCUGUUGCUGAAUCUGAUUCUUCUAUUACUCUCUUUUCUCACAGUCAAUCCCUUCUUGAAUUACAAGUGGUCCCGGUGCUCUUUCAGAACUCAUUUAGGCAACCAAAAGAUGAACCAAUACCAAACCUAGAUCACAUAUUCUCUGUGGAGCCUAUGAGGAUAACUAGUCCCUCCACGGACACAGAAAUUGCGCUUGCCCUAAGAGUUUUAGAAGGAUGUUGUCUGCUCCAUCGUGGAAGCACGGCUUUAGCCCAUCAAUUCAAUGCGAUCAAGGUACUGAUGAGUAUACUAUCCACUAGAGGAGUUCUUGAACGAGGGGCAUGCUUAGAUGCAUUUAUCGCAAUAAUGUUAGAUUCAUCUGCUAAUCAGAUGGAUUUUGAAGCAUGUCGUGGUAUUGAGAAAGUGACAAAGCUUAUUAAAGACAAACAAGCUGAUGAAAAUAUAAGGCUAAGAUGUGGAGAGUUCUUGCUACUACUCAUCGGGCAUUUAAACAGUAGGGAAAGGCCUCCAAAGGUGCGUGUACAUGAUGAAAUAAGGCGACUUCUGGGUGAAAGAUCUGCAUCAUUGGUAUGGGCAGCAAGUCAAUUUGGGUCAACCCUUGAUCCAGAGCAACGGCAAACAGCUCUACAUAUCCAAGCUCGCCGGGUCAUUGAAUCCUUGGAGUUGGAGGUUUACUAAAUCUACCAGUGACAGACGUCUUUAUAUCCCUCUUCAAUUGCUAUCUCCAACAUUCAAAUUUAGAGAUUGGAGAUUACAAAAAGUGUGUACACAACUUGUAUGUAAUCUGAAUGCUAUUAUGUCAUGUAACCUUUUUUCAUUUGAAUGCUCAAAGUUUCGAGGGUGCUGUAGAUUUCCUCAGCCCGUUUGUGAGAUCUAUCAUUGGCAAGAAACACAUGCUUCUGGUC